AUGUCAGAAACUUCGGAUAUUGAAAAGCAACAAAAACAGCUUGAAGACGACGUUACCAAGCUGCAAAAUGCCCUGCAGCACUGGCAAACCUGGGAUGCCGAGUAUGAGAUGCUCAAGGAAGAGGUAGAGGCUGUUUGCGAAAGUGGCGAGACAGAGCUUAAGGCGAUCCAUGUCGGUUUUGAGGGGGAGCUCCUCAAGGAUCGUGAGCUUGAUGAGAUCUUUGGUGAGAGGACGCAUCGGUCUGCUGAACAGAUCUUGAAUAUCCUUGACCGACGCAUCGAUUAUGUUACUACGAAUAUCGCUUCCCUACGGAAGCAAGUCGACGCUGCUGAGACUAAGCUUGCCGAAAUCCAACCUAACCUCGAUGAAGAUGAUGGUCUGCCAAUGACAGAGAUUAUCGAGCAACUUGACGAUGACGACAACGUUAUUUCUUAUGAGCUUAACCAGCCUGAUAGUGCGUUACCCAAGAUCCAAGAAGCACUUGAAAAAGCUGGUAUCAAGGAUCUUGAGGAUGGAGACUCAAACUCACCCGCUGAAAGCUCCAAACAAAAAGAAGUCAAACCUGAAGCCGAAGCCUCAAAGCAAAGUUCCUCUCAGCCGAAGGAUCUUGAGACCACAACUCUAGCACCAUCUGCAAGCAAAGGCGUAUCUUUUGCCACAGACACUAAAACGCAAGAUGGCCCCAAGCCCCCAGUCUCGCGAAAUGCUAAGCGUGUUGAAGAGAUCAUGAACCAUGCCAAAGAGCAGGAGAAGAUCAGCAACGAGAACGCGUUCAUACCCGAGGAGGAGGAUGAGGAGGAUGCAGAGUUGCGGCGGCAGAUGUUGGAAUACUCAGGCGAAGUCGGUGCAGUCGUCGCCGAGCUCCAGCUUGAGGAGGGAGACAGCGAUUACGAAUUUGAGUAUAGCGAUGAAGGCUUCGAGGACGACGAAGAAGAUGACGAGGACAAGUAUGGUCGAUAUACUGGUCGCGUUGUGACAGAUGACUAUCGCCAACGAAUGCUCGAGCUUGAAAAGAAGCUCGGCAUCAAGUCGCGCUUUACCGAGCAACCAGAGGACAAGGACGGAGAUUCAAGUUCAGACGAAGAAGGCAUUGGCCGUAUCGUUGUGAAACCAACUCCCGCUGAGCCCACGCCAGCAUCAUCAGCCUUGAAAUCCGCACCAGCCAAGUCAAACAUUAAGGAGAAGCAACCAGAGCAGACCAGCGGCAGGAAGGGCGUGCGCUUUGCAUCGAAUCUGGAUAUCGCACAGGAGAGCGAAGCAGCUGUUCUCCCAGUAAGAGAGCCUACUGUUGAGGAAAGAGGGCCGAUAGUGGAACCACUGAGCGACAUUGUUGAACGUUCCAGCUCUUCCAAGGCUCCCAAAACUACUGACACCAAGCCAACACGCAAACCAUCACGAUUCAAGAAGGCGAUAAAUACUGUCCCACCAGGUCCUCUUGACGUGCCUGCCACGUUUUUGGAUCAGGACCGACCGACGGCACCCACGGGUCCUGAAGGAACAACGCUCGCUGAGACACUAGUCGAGCGUGAAACGAUACGCACCACUCCUCAACCGCCUGAUGAGUUCGACGAUGAGUUGAUUCAUCAAGAGGUUGCUGAUGAACAUCACAAGCUGCGGAAGAAGUUCAUCCAGCGAGACGGCGGAUUCCUCAAGGAGGACGAGUCUCCCAUCCAGCCUCUGGAGGUACAGGAUGGCGGACGGGAGCCAGUCAGUCGCUUCAAGGCUGCCAAGCUCUCGAAAUAUUAA